CUGUUUUUCGCUGCUCUGAGCUGAUGCAGAGGAGGCCAUGGCCGGACACCUCAGGGGAUCGGGGCGAUCGGGGAGGCCAGGUGUGGCCACUGCCAUGCUUGUCCUCCCCCCAGGUGUGGUCUUGGCUAGCAUCUCGUCAGGUCUGGGGGAAGUCACCUUCCUCGCGCUCACUGCCUUCUACCCCAGGGCUGUGAUCUCCUGGUGGUCCUCAGGAACCGGGGGAGCAGGGCUGUUGGGAGCAUUGUCCUAUCUGGGGCUCACCCAGGCUGGCCUCUCCCCGCAGCACACCCUGCUGUCCAUGCUGGGUAUCCCCGCCCUGCUGCUGGUCAGCUAUUUCUUUUUGCUCACAUCUCCCGAGCCCCAGGACCCUGGAGGGGAGGAAGAGGCAGAGACAUCAGCACGACAGCCCCUGAUUGGCAGUGGGGCCCCAGAGUCGAAGCCAGGUAGGAAACCCAGGAGUCCCUUGGAGCCGUCACUCUCUCUCUGGACGGGUGUUAGCCUUUCCUCUCUAUGGUGGACACAGUCCGGAGGGGAGGUGGAUGGCAGUGCUGGUUAUGGUAAGAACCAGCGGCAUUCAUCUAUUUAAGAACUACAC